CGCUGAUCGGCCUGUUCCAACUCGAUCGGCCGUCCAAUCGGUCACCAUAAUUCUUUUCCCAAUUUGACGAGUCUAUAUACAUAGACGAUAAGAAAAAUGGACUUAACUGCUGUAUUAGUACAAGUGAAGAGUGUAAACGAAAAGAAAAAAAAUGUAGAAGAAAAGAAAGACAAUACGGAGGAGAAAAACGAAGAGGCAGAGCAGCGGUCACCCUUGGUAUCAGCAGCACCAUCGGCAAUACCAGCCGCCGACGGUAGAUGCCCAUUGCCUCCGAUCCCCGAGGUGGACGACGAGCGAGAGCCCGACUCGCCCGCGGGCAGCUCCCAAAGCCUGGGGUACGUGGCCGUACCCGUAAUACAACCGAACGAGACUGAAGCAGGCGCCGCAGUAGCUGCUCCUCAUGGCGCGGCGCCUGUGACUACAACAACCAACAACAACGGCCGCAACAACGGCGGCCGCCGCAUCGUCCGCGUGAACACGCGAACGCGCAACAAUCUCGUCGCCAGCAGGCGGCUUCUGAUCCAGUGCUUGACGCAAGAUGUCAAGGGCAGGGAGCAAGAGAUCAAGAUGGAGAGGGAGCAAUUAGAGACGAAAAAGAAGAUCAGGGAGAGCCCGAGAUGGGUUGGGCGCGUCGUCGGCUUCUGCGUGCUCGUCGUCCUCUGCGUUCUCGUAGUGAGCGCCCUCGUCAAGCUGAUCCUCUACUACAACACCAGUUAGUGGCUGAAAAAAAAAAAGCGGAACCGGUGAUAGCGUGUAUAUAUAUGUGCUUUGCGACUCUUUGACCAUAGACACACGUACGAGACUCAUAGACGUGAUUAUUUGUAUCUACUACGACGUUCAUACUUGUUUUUGUUUUGUAUCAUAUGUAAAAUUUAUAUCAUCACCGACCGAAAAACCGACACGACCGAUUGUAUACACACAGACGCAGCAGCACACGAGCGUGCGUAUGUGUAACGAAUGACUGUUUUUUUUUGUAAAUAAUACAAAUUGUAUAAAUAUAUGUAUAUAUUGUAUCACUGUUUUUGUCGGACGCAAAACAUCAAUAAAUAGCCACAUGUCUUCUUUAAAAAAAAAA